AUGUCCGGCUCCGGCAGGAAAGACUUCGACGUGAAGCACAUCCUGCGCCUCCGCUGGAAACUGUUCAGCCACCCCUCGCCGGCAGGCGGUCCGGCGGGGGGCGGCUGCUUGCCGCCCGACAGCAGCUUCGAGCACUGGGGGCCCAGCCAGAGCCGCCUGCUGAAGAGCCAGGAGAGAGGCAACAGCGUCUUCUGGAAGAAAUCCACCUCCUCCGCCUCCUCCUCAGCGGCCACCACUGCCAGCCCGCCCAACGGGACGCUCUUGCCCGCCGGCAGCCGGCCAAGCGGAGGGCACGGGCUGGGACACGGACACGGGCCGGGGCCGCCGCCGCGCACCGUCUUCUACGUGGAGUCCCUGGAGGAGGAGGCAGAGGCGGUCCCCGGCGGGAUGGAGGUGGCCCGCGAGCCCGAGAAGCCCCUGGCGCCUCCGGAACGGGAGGAGGCGCCGGGGGGCUGCGCGGAUAGAGGCAGCCGGGCAACAGGUGACGGAGACGGGCACAGACUGUCAGGAGUCAGCCACCCCUUGCCACCCCACUGUGACAUGGAUUCAUGCAGCUCUGAAGAAUUCUACCAGGCUGUUCACCAUGCAGAGCAAACGUUCAGAAAGAUGGAGAGCUACCUGAAGCAACAGCAGCUCUGUGACGUUAUUCUGAUUGCUGGGAAUCGCAAAAUACCUGCGCAUAGACUUGUCCUAAGUUCCGUCUCUGACUACUUUGCUGCCAUGUUUACAAGUGAUGUUUGUGAAGCCAAGCAAGAAGAGAUCAAAAUGGAAGGCAUAGACCCCAAUGCACUGUGGGACCUUGUUCAGUUUGCAUAUACAGGCUGCCUGGAAUUGAAAGAAGACACAAUUGAAAAUCUUCUUGCAGCUGCCUGCCUCCUUCAGCUCCCUCAAGUAGUAGAGGUUUGCUGCCAUUUCCUCAUGAAGCUUUUGCACCCAUCCAACUGUUUGGGAAUACGAGCAUUUGCUGAUGCACAAGGAUGCACAGAGCUUAUGAAGGUGGCUCACAACUACACUAUGGAGAAUAUAAUGGAAGUUAUAAGAAAUCAAGAAUUUUUACUUCUACCAGCUGAAGAACUCCAUAAACUUCUUGCUAGUGAUGAUGUGAAUGUACCUGAUGAAGAGACCAUUUUCCAUGCCUUAAUGAUGUGGGUGAAGUAUGAUAUGCAGAGGAGAUGCAAUGACUUAAGCAUGCUACUUGCUUAUAUCAGAUUGCCACUGCUUCCACCUCAGAUAUUGGCUGACCUAGAAAACCACGUGCUUUUUAAGGAUGACCUAGAAUGCCAGAAGCUUAUCCUGGAAGCCAUGAAAUACCAUCUUUUACCAGAGAGAAGAACUCUCAUGCAAAGUCCAAGAACUAAACCGAGAAAAUCUACAGUUGGGACACUUUAUGCUGUUGGAGGAAUGGAUAACAACAAAGGUGCUACAACUAUUGAAAAGUAUGAUCUCAGAACAAAUAUAUGGAUUCAGGCUGGAGUGAUGAACGGCAGGAGGCUUCAGUUUGGCGUUGCUGUCAUCGAUGACAAGCUGUUUGUCAUUGGAGGCCGGGAUGGCUUAAAGACAUUAAACACUGUUGAAUGUUACAAUCCAAAGAGCAAGGCUUGGACUGUGUUACCACCAAUGUCAACACACAGACAUGGCUUAGGAGUUACAGUGCUUGAAGGGCCUAUUUAUGCAGUGGGAGGACAUGAUGGUUGGAGUUACUUGAAUACAGUUGAGAGAUGGGACCCUCAAAGUCAGCAGUGGACAUUUGUGGCAAGUAUGUCAAUUGCCAGAAGCACUGUUGGAGUAGCAGCAUUAAAUGGCAAAUUAUAUUCAGUUGGAGGUCGGGAUGGAAGUUCUUGUUUGAGUUCAAUGGAAUAUUAUGAUCCUCACACAAAUAAAUGGAACAUGUGUGCUCCUAUGUGUAAGAGAAGAGGAGGUGUAGGAGUGGCUACAUGUGAUGGCUUUCUUUAUGCAGUUGGAGGCCAUGAUGCUCCUGCUUCUAAUCAUUGUUCUCGACUGCUGGACUACGUAGAAAGGUAUGAUCCAAAAACUGAUACAUGGACAAUGGUGGCUCCGCUGAGUAUGCCUCGAGAUGCUGUUGGUGUCUGUCUCCUUGGUGACAAAUUAUAUGCAGUAGGUGGCUAUGAUGGUCAAACAUACCUGAACACUAUGGAAGCAUAUGAUCCUCAAACUAAUGAAUGGACACAGAUGGCUUCCCUAAAUAUUGGAAGAGCUGGUGCCUGUGUUGUGGUCAUAAAACAACCGUGA